GUUUUGAAGCUUUGAAGAUUGGAGAUAACAAUGUAAUAGAAUCUAAAGCAUUUAUAGGUAGAAAUGUGAUCCUAACAAGUGGCUGUAUUAUUGGAGCAUGUUGUCAAGUAAACUCCUGUGAAGUUAUUCCUGAGAACACUGUUAUCUAUGGGGUAGACUGUAUGCGGAGAGUGCAGUCAGAACGGCCACAGCCACAAACUCUGCAGCUAGACUUCCUGAUGAAAAUCUUGCCUAAUUAUCAUCACUUGAAGAAAACCGUGAAAGGAAGUACAACUCCAGUAAAAAUCUGAAUGGCACCAGAUCCUGCUUCUGAGGUGGAAUCAAUGCAUCGAUUUGGUGAUAAGCAUAGUCACUUUAAAGCAGUAAUUUGUACUACAGUAAAUUAUUCACUGCAUAAAACUAAUGCCCUCUGCAAUAAAAUGAAAAUAGGUUAAUACUUGCUAACUAAUUUUUGAAUUUCAUCAAUUAUCUUCUUAUCCUUGUUUUUCUACAGAUUUCACAAUUAAUCUCAUUUUCUAAAAAAAAAGCUAUCAUACUGGUGAUCUUAGUUAUGAAUAAAGGAUUGGUUUUAUUGUCAAAAUUACUACACCUCACACUAAAAUAUUGAGCUGGUCGGCUAGCAUUUUCUCUGAGUUAAAUGUUAUUUUAAGGAUGCUCCAGGAGCAUGGGGAAAAGUUAACUUUUGGAAUUGAAUGCACUGGAGUUCAGUGGAAUAUUAAACAUGAUUUAAACUUG